AUGCAGGACUCCCUCUGGAGAAACCACAGCUCUGUUACUGAAUUCAUUCUUCUGGGAUUCUCCAGGGACACAAAGAUAAAUGCUAUUCUAUUUGGUGUCUUUCUCUUCCUCUACCUCAUCACCCUCCUGGGCAAUGGGCUCAUUAUCACUUUGAUACGCAUAGAUUUCCGCCUCCACACACCCAUGUACUUUUUCCUCAGUGUCUUAUCCAUUCUGGACAUGGGCUAUGUCACCACCACAGUGCCCCAGAUGCUGGUGCAUCUGGUUUGUGAGAAGAAGACCAUCUCUUACAUCGGAUGUGUGGCCCAGAUGUACAUCUUCCUGAUGCUGGGAAUCACUGAGUCUUGGCUUUUUGCCAUCAUGGCUUAUGACAGGUAUGUGGCCAUUUGCCACCCUCUCAGGUACAAAGUCAUCAUGAGCCCUUCACUGUGUGGGUCAUUGGUGGCCUUCUGUGGAUUCUGGGGUAUCAGUUGUGCCCUGAUAUACACUGUCUCUGCUAUGAUUCUUCCCUAUUGUGGCCCCAAUGAGAUCAACCACUUCUUCUGUGAAGUACCUGCUGUAUUAAAGUUGGCCUGUGCAGACACCUCUAUCAAUGACCAGGUGGACUUCAUCCUGGGAUUCAUUCUUCUUUUGGUUCCACUCUCCCUCAUCAUCAUUGUCUACAUCAACAUCUUUGCUGCCAUCCUGAAGAUCCGCUCAACCCAAGGGCGGCUCAAGGCCUUCUCCACCUGUGCUUCUCACAUCACUGUGGUCACCAUGUUCUCUAUCCCAUGUAUGGUCAUGUAUAUGAGACCUGGAUCUGAGUCCUCCCCAGAAGAGGAUAAGAAACUGGCUCUAUUCUACAAUGUCAUCUCUGCUUUCCUGAACCCCAUCAUCUAUAGCCUCCGGAACAAAGAUGUGAAGAGGGCUUUCCUCAAAGUGUUAGGCCAUGACAAAGGGUCAGAAUGA